GCGGACAUGAGAGUCCCAUACUCUGUACAACUACGACAAUUUAUAGCAGACUCCAUCAAACAACCUCAAAUAAAUCUGCUUGAUCGCACGAUAUUAGAGUAGGAUAAACAGGAUCACAAGAUUACAGAAAUGACGACACUUCUCAAACAACCCCUCAAGCUCGCCCUCAUACAGUUGGCAUCCGGAGCCGAUAAAGCCACAAAUCUCACUCAUGCGCGCACCAAAGUCCUCGAAGCCGCCAAAGCUGGCGCCUCAUUAAUCGUUCUCCCGGAAUGCUUCAACUCUCCAUACGGCACGCAAUUCUUCCCCAAAUACGCUGAGACUCUCUUACCUUCGCCACCCACAAAGGAACAGUCGCCUUCAUACCAUGCGCUAUCGUCGUUGGCCGCGGAGGCGAAAUCAUACCUUGUUGGGGGCAGUAUUCCAGAGUUGGAACCAGAAACCAAGAAAUACUACAACACAUCACUUGUCUUUUCGCCAACGGGAGCGUUGAUCGGCACCCAUCGCAAAACCCAUUUAUUUGAUAUUGAUAUCCCGGGCAAGAUUACUUUCAAGGAGAGUGAAGUUCUCUUUCCGGGUAACAAGGUCACAAUAUUAGACUUGCCAGAAUACGGGAAGAUCGGUUUAGCUAUUUGUUACGACGUGCGAUUCCCGGAAUUAGCAAUGAUUGCAGCUCGCAAGGGCGCAUUCCUGCUCGUUUAUCCCGGCGCAUUCAAUACGACGACUGGACCUAUGCACUGGUCUCUCCUGGGACGAGCGCGAGCAGUAGACAACCAGGUCUAUGUCGCCAUGUGCAGCCCAGCCCGUGAUAUGAGCGCAAGUUACCAUGCGUAUGGACAUUCCUUUAUCGCUAGUCCGAAUGCCGAGGUUUUGGGUGAAUUGGAGGAGAAGGAGGACAUUGUAUAUGCUGAUUUGACGAAUGAGGCCAUUGAUUCCGCAAGGAAAGGCAUUCCUGUAUAUACACAGCGCCGAUUUGACGUUUAUCCUGAUGUAAGUGAGGGUAAAGUCAAGCCGGAAGAUUAAUUUUUGGUAGAUUCAAAUACUACUGUAAAGUCCUCAAUCUAGC